AUGGUCCACAAUGGCUACCCUGAUCUUACCACUGAUUUCGGCACCACACCACCUACACAUCUCUUCACGGCCGAUGAUCAACGUCAACCCGACGUAUAUGAUUAUUAUAAGCCUACCCUCAAUAUCAUCACGCCUAGAACAGACACUCUCACCAAGACCGGCCCCAACUGGCCGACCACUCUAACCACUUCGGAUCUCAUCGUGAUCGAUCGCCGCGAAGUCGACGCCACCAACGCUGUUGAAAUCCGUGAUAACAUUGGCCCUGUCACAUGUGAAGACUUCACCAUCUUCAGUUCACCCACUCUCGGGUUUGCUGGUCGUUACUGCCGUGACCUCGUCACUUUCCGUCGCGUGACUUUACGGCCAGGUCCAAAGCCCGUCGGUGCGACCCAGCCGCGUCUCUUUUCCACCAGUGCCGAUGCUAUCAACUUUGUCCAAUGUCGUCAGGGACCUCUCAUCGAAAACUGUGAAAUUUCCCACCAGGAUGACGAUUCUCUUAAUGUUCACGGCUACUUCUUCCGGAUCACCAGUGUUCUCUCAACUACAAGCUUUCAGUUCACGUACCCUGGUUCCGCUUCCGCCUUUCUCAACCCUAUGCAAGCUGGUGACACUAUACGCUUACAUGCUGCAGGGAACUUUAACGUGAUUGGUACUGCCGUGUUUGCCUCUGCUAGUGUUGUUGGCACAAUUGGUGGAGUUACCACUUAUCAGGUCAACCUUUCUGCCACGCCCACCACACCUCUCGCUAUAAACCUGUGGUUUGACAUCCCGCAGCUCAACUGUCCGGGAUUCAUCGUUCGUGACAGCUACUUUCAUGACCACCGUGCACGCGGUCUGCGUAUCAUGGCCAACAAUGGCCUCGUCGAGCGCAAUCGCUUCGAGAAUCUUACCAAAUGCGCUAUCUCCAUCGGCCCCGAGCUCGGCCAGUGGCGUGAAGCAGGUUGGGUCGAUAAUAUUAUUGUGCGCGACAAUAUUCUCGUUAAUAUCGGCGUUGAUACGCAUGAUGAUGGGAAUGAAAUUCGGUACUAUCGAAGUCCCAAUAAAAGUCAAAUACUCGAUCGAAACCGGAAAGCAUGUGACAAUCAAAGAUAG